GAGGAGUCGGAGUUUGUUCAGCAGGCAAACCAAGGAGGGUUAGUUCGGGUCUGUUCGUUUCACUAACUGAGGUUGUUUGGUUCAGUCGCUGAAUGCAGUGAAAAGUUUACACAGCUCAUCAGACAGUCGCUGUUUUCGUGGGCCAAGGAACAACUGAGCUGACGUAUGAGCGGACAUUGUUGUUUUUUUCCUCCGGUGUGACUGGCAAUAGGUGUAGGCAACAAAAGUGCCUGCUCCUUUGUAAACAACAGAGAUUUGAGAUGAAGAUACCGGACGUGAUUCAAGCUCUCCUCUUGGUCCAAAUCCCUGCAGCCUUCCUCUUCACUGCUGUGUUGGCUCAGUCCGACAGCAGCAGUGUGGUUGUUGCGGGCUACAACGUGAGCGCCCCCACUGGCUCUAGGGUGGUACUGCAGUGUGUGAGCGGGCGCAUGGUGUGGACCAGGGACAGUCUGAAGGACAGACAGAGGGUGGUCCACUGGGACCUGUAUCGCCCAGGGCCAGACUAUGCCAUGGAGAGGGUGGCAGACAUGUUCUCUGCUGGAGACCAGCGCAUCUAUAACGGACACAACCAGGGGAGGGUCAGCCUCAGCCAAUCAGCUUUCAACGACGGAAACUUCUCUCUCGUCAUCAGAGACAUUGCGAUAAGUGACCGAGGCCUGUACUCCUGUAACCUGCACCAUCACUACUGUCACCUGUAUGAGACGAUCAGAAUACAGGUCAACGUCACCAAGUUACGUCGUAAGGAGCAGCGGUUCUGGGACGGUCAGAAAGCUGUGUUUGUGGUGUUGGUCGGCAGCACGGUGGUGUUGCCGUGUGUGAAUCGCCGCUCUGUGUGGACAGAAGAUGGCAGUGAGGAGGAACAGCAGGUGGUGCAUUGGGACCGGCAGCCUCCGGGUGUUCGUCACGACCGUGCAGACCGUCUGAUAGACCUGUAUGCCUCUGGGGAGCAGCGCAGCUACGGACCCCUGUUCCUCCAGAGGAAGAUGAACAUCAGCGCUAAGUCCUUCUCACAGGGAGACUUCUCUCUGGCUAUCUCUGCCCUGCAGCCAGGAGAUCAGGGUCUGUACACCUGUCACCUACAUCAUCACUACUGUGGUCUUCAUGAGAGAAGACAGUUUCAGCUCACCGUAGGACCACCUGAGCCUCGGGCUACUGUUGCCCCCAGAGCACUGCCCAACCAAGACAAGGAGGAUAGCAAGGCUGAGGCGUCACGCGUCAUCAACUUCAUCCUGCCCGAUCAGCGACAUCAUUUCCUGCUGCCCCUGGGCUACAUCCUGACUACGCUCCUCCUCCUGGCCUUCAUUGUGCUCAUCAUCAUCAUCAUUACCCACCGACGCAAGACCAAAGCGGGGGAGUUUUACCCACAGACAUCUUUGAGAUCCAACAGGGGUGACAUGGCCACCAAUGAGUUUGAGAUGGACGUUCCUGAAGUCAAGACGUGCAACCAGGAGGAGAAGAAACUAGACUACAAAAACAACCUGCUGAGGGAGAAGGUUCAAAUGUCCACCCUGCCCAAAGUCAUCGACCUGGACAAAGAACAAGUGACAUCAAUAAGGGAUCACAGCUUUCACCUGGAUUCACCUGGUCAGUCUAUGUCAUGGAAAGAAGAUGGAGAAGGUGUAUUGGAAAUGAGAGGGGAGUCAGCUUGCCGCUGGCUGGUCCAGAGGCAGACUCUACAGACACAGGCUGCAUUCCAAACCAACCCCUAGGCCCUCUGCUACUGGUGUGCUAGUGUACUGUAGGGAUGUCCACUCUACUCCACUAGUCCCACCUCUACAUUCCACCUCAAGCCUCUCACCCACAGUUAGACCCUUCACUCACAUUUGAUAACCACAAUGUGAUUGUAAAGCUUACUGUAUGCUUCACAGGUGAAACAGUUUGCGCAUAUAUUAUGGCGAAAUGUUGUGCCGUUUUUGUUCGUUUUGAUGUUCGGCAGGUUCAUGCACACAAAACAUUUUCUUGAGGCAAGUCAAAGUUCGGUAGUUGAAGUCUACACCCUUUUGUCGGUGAUUGGUCAACUGUACUACUCCUAGUAGGAGUGGGAACUAUGGAAGGGAUUCUUCAAUGAAGUGUUUGUUGUCAUUCAACGAGAGACAACUCGUUUUCAUGCAUGUGACUAAGACCUCCUCGGCCAAAACGUCAUUUAUUACAGAUUUCUGGAUUUAUCUUCGAUUAAUUCUGACUAUUUUGAGGAAGUGUAUACUGGCUAUGUUGUUGCUUCGGCGUCUCGUGCUUUUGUCUUGUUUUUCAAGCGAAGGUCUUUUAAGGGAGUAUGUGAGGCACAGACGUUUGCUUAACCUAGCCGAGUUCUGCUAGGAGCAAAGCGAACCUAGUAUGUGGGCGCCUUUAAACAGUUAAACAGCAAUACUAUUACCUUCAUAUUGUUACAAUUAUGUAAUUGGUUGCAAAAAAAUGCCGUUGUGGAAAGGUAUUUAUUUACAAAGAUGCACAGGGUUUAAAUUACAGGUUUGCCGAAGCCCAGAGUUUUUCCCAUGUUAGGUUAGAUGGUUAGGGUAACUCCAGUUCCUAUGAGGCAGGUACCUGUGUUCUCUCAGCACCACUGAACCCUCUAGAGGGGAGUGAAGGCCAUGACUUCUUCAGACAGCAUUACACGCUACAGAUAUAAGUCAUCCUUAGACACAGACCUAGGAUCAACCUACAAUCCCAACAUUAACCAUUAAGAGGGAACAAUGCAAAACUGGCCAUAGAUCAGAGUCUAGGGGCAACUUCAUCCUACUCUGCUUCACAUUUGCAACUACAGUAUAUACAGUAAUUGUUAAUAAAAACCUAUUGUGAGUGAUCAUACUGCCAUCACGUGACUAUAUUGGUGUAUUGUACUGUCUCCUUUUGACUGACUAGGUCGUCAUUGUAAAAUAUAACUGGUUUUCAAUGACUUACCUGGCUAAACAGAGGUUAAAUAAAGUGAUACAAGUGUAAUUUUGUAAUAAAUAAGCCAUUGCAUUGCACAUUAUGAACUGUUUUUAUUUGUGUAUUCUGAUGCUUUAUGUUACUAUUGUAUUGUAUCGUUAAUGGACUGAAUCCCUUAUAUCCGUUAAGUUUUGACACUUUCCUGUAUCAUGUCUCCUUGUCUGCAUAACAAAUAGCUUAUUGGGACAAUAAAGAUCUACUCUACCCAACUCUA